AUGUCUUCUGAAAGUAGUGCAACUGGUACUGGUGCUGGUACUGGUGCUGCUGCUGCAAAUAGCAGUGCAAACAACAAUAAGAAACAGAAAAUGUUUACUCCCCUUGAUUCUCUUCUGUUUGCUGAUGAUUUGGUUUGGAGUGGACAGAUUCUAUCGUUUGUGGGUGUUGGACAGUAUGCUUUCGUGGGGGCUGUUAACAAAAAGAUGAAUCAACUGUACAAAGAGUACUGCAAAAUUGAACUAAAGAAAAAUCCAAGAGAGGUAAACGAUAACCCAGAGGCACACACGUACGUGGAGGAGGACCGCUCCGCAGAAAGCACUGAUACUCUAUACAGCGAAACAUUCUGUAACCUGCUGCGUGCAGAAUACUGGCUCAAGGACAAUUCCAGCAACAAGAAGCCUGAUCGUGACCUUGUUUGUACUGCAAUUGCCAAAAUUGGAAAUAUUGCUGUCAUGCAGUGGGCACGACAGAAAGGAUUCCCAUGGAAUGAAGAUACAUGUGCUAGAGCUGCUGAAAAUGGCCAUUUGGAAAUGCUCCAAUGGUUAAGAGAGAAGGGUUGUCCAUGGAACGAAUAUGCAUGUCUAUCUGCUGCUGCAAAUGGUCAUUUGGAGAUUCUCAAGUGGUUGCAUGCAAAUGGUUGUACAUGGGAUGAAUCAACAUGUACCGCUGCUGCUGAAAAUGGACAUUUGGAAAUUUUGAAGUGGGCUCAUGAAAAUGGCUGUCCAUGGGAUGAAGGGACAUGUCAAGUGGCUGCUGCUGAUGGUCAGUUGGAAAUUCUGAAGUGGGCUCGCGAAAAUGGUUGUCCCUGGAAUGAAGAGACAUGUUUCUGUGCUGCUCAAAAUGGGCAUUUGGAAUUUGGAAGUGGGCUCGUGCAAAUGGUUGUCCAUGUGAUGAACAAAGCUGUGCCUAUGAGGCUGCUGAAAAUGGACAUUUGGAAAUUUUAA